AUGCUUUCUUCUCUUGAUUGCUUACCCUCUACUUUUAUGAGGACAUUUGCUGAAAAAGCAGCAGAAGCAACCCAAAAGGCCGCCGAAAAGGAAGUUGCUAAAGAAAAGAAGCCAGAAGAAAAACCAAAACCAACAUAUGAAGAGUUAGAGAAAGAAAUCAAGGAUAUGCACAACAGAAAUCUCUUCCUUCUUGCUGAAGUUGAGAAUGCUAGACGUAGAUUUGCUCGUCUUGAACAAGAAAUGGAAACAUACGCAGUUACUAAAUUAGCCAAGGAUUUACUUCCUGUUGCAGAUAACAUGACACGUAUAAUCAACAGUGGAACAAAGCAGGCCGUCAAAGAUGCUAUCGCUGCAGUUCAACUCGUUGAUGCUGAAUUCCAUAACAUUUUCAAGCGCUUCAAAGUCGAAAAAAUCGUAUCAAAGGGUCAAAAAUUCGAUCCAAAGUUACAUGAUGCCAUCCAAAUGGUUGAUACACGCGGAUCUUCUCCUUCUGGCACAAUUAUCGAUUGCACAACAGAAGGCUACAAGAUUGGUGACAGACUUCUUCGUGCUGCUAAGGUUGUUGUUGCCAAAUAA